ACGGGAGGUUGUGCAAUAACAUUUUAGUAAUAGUAUUUUAAUUAACACAAUGUUUAAAUUAGUUUUAUUGUGUAUCGUGAUGGUGUUAAGUGACGCUGCACAUGAAGGUGAACUUUGCACGAAAGACGGCAAGGUUGGGAAGUGCACAAUACUGCAGUCAUGUCGUACGGCGAUAGAUGAUAUUAAAAAUAGAAAACAUCCACAGAUAUGUUCUUUCGAUCUUGCGAAUCCAAUAGUGUGUUGUAUUGAUGACGUGGUGGCAUCACUGCCUACCCCCCACGCAACUACCCCUGAAAGUCCAGCGUCACAACCUGCUUCUGACCCUAAGCCUGAGCAUGAGAUCGGAGACUCUAAGCUUCCAGAAUGCAUCGAAUACCAGGAGAAGUACGUGUUCCCAUGUGAUCGAGGAGUGGACCUGCUGGGAGGCCUCAGCAGGAGAAUUUACUGUCAUCAUAGCGCUGAAGAACUCAUCGUGAGAGGUACUGAGGCCUUUCAGCACCAGUUUCCGCAUAUGGUUCUAAUCGGAUUCGGUCCCAUAGAUAAUAUCCAGUGGCUGUGUGGUGGAGCUAUCAUCAGUGAACAAUAUAUCCUCACAGCAGCUCAUUGUACUUUGGCCAGAGACCUGGGACCAGCAUCAUAUGUGCUUGUAGGUGCUCAUAGAAAAUCGGAUGCUGUUGACAGGAGCAAGGUUUACAAGAUCAAGCAAUUUAUACGACACCCGGAGUACAACCCGCCGAGGAAGUAUAACGACAUCGCUCUGUUGGAGACGGAAAAGACCAUCAAUCUGGACCAGUUUGUGGUGCCGGCGUGUCUCCACUUGGGUGAGGAUAUCAAUGAUGACACAGUCAUCGCGACAGGCUGGGGACUCAGGGAGCCGGAUAGCACGGACAACUUGCAGAAGACAUAUCUUAAGAAAUUCACUGCAGAGCAAUGUAAUGACACCUAUACACCUUGGCGCCUUCUGCCCAAAUACUUUGACCCGAGGACACAGCUGUGUUAUGCAGACAAAACCUCGAAAAAUAAUACUUGUAUGGGUGACAGCGGAGGCCCGAUCCAGAUUAAGAACAAAAACGUCCAUUGUAUGUACACCAUCAUCGGAGUGUCAUCAUUCGGGAAACCCUGUAGAUUUGUCGAGGAGCCUGCCGUCUACACCAGAGUGUCUGCAUAUGUAUCCUGGAUCGAAAAUAUCGUUUGGCCUAACUAAAGUCACAUUUAAAUAAUAAAUACUAGCUUUUGAUA